UGUAAGUGACAGUGAGUGGUGAUCAAAAUAUCAAAUAUCAAUAACAACGGUGUUUUCGACUGGUUUUUUAAUAUGCCAUCUAAGAAGGAUAGUCGAUUAUGGAUUUUGGCUUCAAACAUUAUAAAAUGUAUUGUACAAUGCAUCAGCAAAAUCUGGUUAGAGACAUUGAACACAACCAAGGUUGUCAACAAAGAGACAUUUCUGAUACUCACCAAGUCCAGAGAGCCUGGAAGGGGUCUGGUCACCGUUAGCAACCACCACUCAUACUUGGAUGAUCCUUUACUAUGGGGUAUAUCACCAUUUACAUGGAAAAAAGGUUUCCGGCCAUGGAGCAAUUUACUCAGCCUCGGUUCACCAUGUCGCUGGGUACCAGCCGCCAAGGAAAUCUGCUUCUACUCUCGUGCUACCACUCUCUUCUUCACGCUUGGACAGUGUAUCCCUGUGGUGCGGGGUGACGGGGUGUACCAGGAGGGCAUGGACCAGAUCCUGGACAAGGUCAACACUGGACAGUGGGUCCACAUGUUCCCAGAAGGCCUGGUGAAUGUUACAAAGGAGCGAAUGAGACUGAAGUGGGGGGUGGGUCGGAUCAUAGCAGAAGCUGAUGUAACUCCCAUCGUGCUACCAUUCUAUCAUUUAGGACUGGAUACAAUUUUACCGAUUCAACCUCCCCAUUGGCCUCGCUUGGGAAAGAUUGUUACCAUAGUGAUAGGAGAACCAAUAGACUACACCGAAGAAGUGACCCGAAUGAAGACACAAAUGUCUAAGGAGGAGAUACGGAAGGCAAUUACAGAUGAUAUUGAGGAGAAAGUCUAUCAGCUGAAACAGGAAGCAGAACGGGUUCAUUUCCCUCGUAUUGGGUUGACAUCUCCCAUAGGGGUGUUGUCUACUGUAGAUGAGUUGUCAGCAGCCAGUGGAACAGACGUGACAUCACAGCCCAGCAAUGGCAGAUAGCAGAAGAGAACAGCUGCAUUUGAAAAUAUAUGCACAUGUUUUUAUUGUUAUGUGGAUUUUUAAAUCUGGCUUAUAUAUUAGUGAACGCUUGGCAGGCGGCCGGUUUGGGCAAAUUCUAUGUGAACAAUAACAAUUGAAAUUUUUGUAUUUUUGACAUUUUUUGGCCAACAAUCAGGACAAUUGGAAAAUGGUGAUUUUUAUCAUCCGUUUUAAAAAAACUGGACGUAUUAUAGUUUCACCUUGGCGGCGGGCGGCGUCCACAGCAGUGUCCGCUCUCUAAUUCAAAUCGUUUUCAUCCGAUCUUCACCAAACUUGGUCAGAAGUUUUAUCUAGACAAUAUCUAGGUCAAGUUAGAAUAUGGUUUAUGCCGGGUCAAAAACAAGGUCACAGGGUCACUUAGUGCAUUUCAAGCAUUUAGCAUGGUGUCCGCUCUCUAAUUGAAGUAGUUUUUAUCUGAUCUUCACCAAACUUUGUCAGAAGUUGUAUCUGGACAAUAUUUAGGUCAAGUUCGAAUAUGGUUCAUGCCGGGUCAAAAACUAGGUCACGGGAUCACUUAGUGCAUUUCAAGCAUUUAGCAUGGUGUCCGGUCUUUAAUAGAAGUAGUUUUCAUCCGAUAAUCACCAUACUUGGUCAGAAGUUGUAUCUAGACAAUAUCUACGUCAAGUACGAAUAUGGGUCAUGCAGGGUCAAAAACUAGGUCACAGGGUCACUUAGUGCAUUUCAAGCAUUUAGCAUGGUGUCCGCUCUCUAAUUGAAGUAGUUUUCAUCCAAUCUUCACCAAAUUUGGUCAGAAGUUGUGUCUAGACAAUAUCUAGGUCAAGUUCAAAUAUGGGUCAUGCCAGUCAAAAACUAGAUCACUAGGUCACUUAGUGCAUUUCAAGCAUUUAGCAUGGUGUCCGCUCUCUAAUUGAAGUAGUUUUCAUCUGAUCUUCACCAAAUUUGGUCAGAAGUUGUGUCUAGAUGAUAUGUAGGUCAAGUUCAAAUAUGGGUCAUGGUCAAGUUAUCAAGUUGUCCAAAACCUUCAAACGGGCGUAUCUUGUUACAAUAUGUGAACAAGUCCCUUUGAAUCAAAAUGAUUUAAAUAGUCCGGUCAGUUUCACAUUUGCCAGUGUUUGACUAUUAAAUGAAUAUUUAUUAACAUUUUAAUCAAUCUUGAGUGUAUUGCUUUUUACAUAAAUGAGAAAAACUCAUUUGAUCACUGUUUCAAAAAUUCAAAUAUGUAACAGCGUAUCAAAGCAAAAAUAUUAUGUCAGUUAUUUUAUGUCAUCUCUUCAUUUCAGUAUUUUUAGACCAAAAAUUUACUAAGUCAUUCAAAACUUCAAAUAUUUAGUUUAUUCCUUUACUGAAUAUCAAACUUCCAUACUUUUUCCCCUACCCGGACAUGUACCCUUACAUCACUCAGUGGCGACAUAAACAAUUUGGCAUUAACCCAGUUAUGCCUAGUGGACUCUCCCAUCCUUCUAAAUUGGAUCAAUUUAUUUCAAAAAUUAGGGAUGUCUAGUAUAUUUAUUUCUAUAUUUAGAAUACUUUUUACAGAAAUUCCUUUAAGCUAACAGCGCAGACCGAUCUGGGUCUACGCUGUUUGCCAAGGCCUUUUUUUAUAGACGCUAGGCAUAAAUAGGUUAAAGCAGUUUCCGCAUUUUUUGUCUUGUUUUACACAGAAUUCGGGUAAUUGAUCUUGCUCUUUGUUAUUUCCAAGCAGCUGUUGUUUAUAUUGCUAUAACUUGUUUACGCACUGUUCAGGAUUUUUAUUAUUUAAUUUUAUUGAUUGUACGUGUGUAUGCAUUCUAUUUAUCUUGAUCUGUUUCUUUGCAGUUUUAGUUGGUUGAUAUUAAUAUAUUUUUGAUGUUUAUUUUAUCUUGGUUCUGAAAAUAAGCCAUUGGUUUCCUUUACAUCAACAUUUAAUAGUUCUAUAAUAUGUUGUAAAUAGUAGUGUUCAUGGUUUUAUUUUGAUCUAUAUCUCCUAUGGGCUCUGGUUUUGGUGAACAAUAUAGCAAAUGUGUUUGUCAAAAUGUAUCAUAUGAAUGUCAUGCUUCAUGAGUAUUAUUUCAUAUUGUUUAAAUGAUAUUUAUUAUGUGUUUUGUUUAUGCUAGAACAAGUAGCCCACUACUCCGCCCCCUCCCCCCCUCAAAAAAAAGAAAAAGAUUUCUAAUAAAAAAUAAAAAUAAUACAUCAUAUUUGCAAUACGUUUAAGACAUUCUUAUAAUUGUUAACGUAAUUGUUUAGUUUUUAUGCUCGAGGACGCUUUUAUAAAAGUACGGGUAAUUAAUAUAUGCCAUCUUCAGUUGUGCAGUGUCAUUGAUAAAAUAACACCCCAUCGGAUUACCUGUACAUCCGUGAAAACCAUAGAUAAUUGACACUAUCAAUUAGUAUAUGUGCAUGUGUUUAUUGUCCCCUACCUGUUUCACCGGAGGGGACUUAUGGUUUGCGCUCUGUGUGUCCGUCAGUCUGUGAGUCUGUCACACUUUUCUAGAUCCUGCGAUAACUUAAAAAGUUCUUAAUAUUUUUUCAUGAAACUUGAAACAUGGAUAGAUGGCAAUAAGGACAUUAUGCACGUCAUUUCAUUUUGUUCCUACGUCAAAAAAUUCUGGUUGCUAUGGCAACAAAUAUUUUAAAAAUAUAUAUAUAUAUAUUUCUGACAAUGGUGGAACUGUAACUCCAAUAUAACGCGCUCCGUUAUAACGCUUAAUCCAAUAUAACGCGGGGGGUGGUUGGAUCCCAUUUUUUCUCCAACCUUCCAUUUGAUUUCUGAUUCAAAUCCGUAUUAUGCAACUUCAUGUAUUUUCAGACAAUUCAAAGAUGGCGGCAAUCACAUGUUGAUUGCUUUAUUCAACCGUCCGUUUAACCGAUUAUAAUCGCCUCGAGGUUAAACAACACCGACAGUUAAUUGGUGUUAAUCUAUCGUGUAAUGUCAAUAAAGGUGUGAAAAACUCGCGUGUCAGUGUUUAUUACAUGUAUUCCUCAUCAGAGCGGUUCAGUGCGAUAAUUUCCUUAAGUUAAGUGCAAGCGGGAUAGUUAUACAAUUAAAGUAAUUCAAAACGAUUGAAACAUUCUUACUUUGAUAUGGUUGCAGUUUGACUAUAUUAAAUGAGCGGCUGUGAAAUAUACUGCCCACUGUAUAAAACAACUUUUUCUGUCAUUUCAUGAUCAUUCUAGUAUUAUGUCAUUUAAUAUUUCAGUUCAUGUAUAAGAAAUUAAAUAAUGCAGACGAUUUAUUUACAUGCGAACGCAGUGUACCGGUAAUUGUUAACAGAGUUUCACUUUCAUUUUCGCGCGGUAUCAGAAAGUCCCCGGGAAACACGUUUUUUGCAUGCGUAUGACGCAAUAUAACAAUUUUUGUACAUGAAUCGUAUUGCAUUCAAUCUAAAUUUAAAGUCGCUCGUCCAAUGAAAGCUCUGCCCCAUAAUGCACUGUACUCUUAACACUUCUGAAAAUGGCAUAUAUGCGUACGGUUGUGUUUACGAAUUUAUUAAACAUAUAUCGUCAUUUAUAAUAAAGAUUAUUAUUUUUAAGUGAUGUUGCAAUUUUAUUGGAUUAUCGGAUAAAUGUGCACAUAAGCAAAGCGGUAUGUAUACUGUUAUCGAUACGAUUCGGUUUAUAUUCAUGUAUUUGCGUCAACACAGCAUGGCAAUAUACAUGACCUAUAUUAUAGGCUAUUCUAUACCUGUUUUUAACCAGGUUUUCCGAAGGAAAAAACUGGUUAUUAGAUUGGCGAAUGCGGGCGGGCUGGCGGGCGGGCGGAACAAGCUUGUCCGGGCCAUAACUAUGUCGUUCAUUGUCAUAUUUUAAAAUCAUUUGGCACAUUUGUUCACAAUCAUUGGACGGUGUGUCGCGCGAAAUAAUUACGUCGAUAUCUCCAAGGUCAAGGUCACACUUUGAGUUCAAAGGUCAAAAUUGGCAAUAAAUGAGCUUGUCUGGGCCAUAACUAUGUCAUUCAUUGUGAGAUUUUACAAUUAUUUGGCACAUUUGUUCACCAUCAUGGGACGGUGUGUCGCACGAAAGAAUCACGUCAAUAUCUCCACUGUCAAGUUCACCACAACUUAAAAUAGAUUUAUUUUGAAACAAACUUACAAAGGGGGUUAAUUUUGUUUGUUCAUUUCAAAAGUUCAGUUUUAGUUGUCUCCCUUAAUCAGAUUUUUUUUCACAAUAAAAACCUGGUUUUGUGACAAUUUUGUCCCUUGUUUUUUAUAGCGCCCUGCAGUAAAUGAGCUCAAAACUUAUAACGCGGAUCCGUUAUAACGCUGUUUCGCGGCUUGGACCCCAUUGACCGCGCUAUAUUGGAGUUACAGUGCUUGGCAAUAGUCUUGUUUAUUAUAUAUCAUAGAGAUAUUUGGACCAAACAAAAAUGUGUCAAAUACCUGUGGUUUAAACAGCAUAUAUUCACAAUUUUGUUGUUGAUUGGUUUUUUUUUUUUAGCUGACCUGAGCACAACGUGCUCAUGGCAUGCUUUUGGAAAACCAUGAUGUCCUUUGUCCGACUGUACAUGCAUGUGUCCGUUUAAUUUGUCUUCAAUCAACAUCUCUUGAACUGCCAGGCAGAAAUUGGAAAAACUUCAUAGCAAUGUUCCCUGGAUGCUCCUCUAUGCAAAUUGUUUAAGUCCAAUACCUUCAUCGGAACUGGGCGCAAAAUGGGAUUUUGAAAAUAAAAACGACUUGUGAAACCGCAAGGCCCAGGAUUUUUUAAUAUUGGGUAGGUAGCAAAUUAUUGUGGUUCUCUAUAAGGCUUAUUCAAAUUAUGCUUCCCAGGUCAAAACUGGUCCACAACUGUGAGCUGCAAUUAGGUGGAAUAAUGACACUUAUUGAACUUUUUGCUCAGUAUCGAAUCAAUUAUGAUGUUCUUUUCCAUUGUAUUUGUUAAUUUUAUUCUAGUAAACUUUGACAUGUGCAGUAGUCAUUCACAUGAGUCGCAUUCUGAGAAUGAGUCGCAUUCUGAGAAAACUGGGCUUAAUGCCUGUUUGUAAAUUGUCGUCCCAGAUUAGCCUGUGUGGUCUGUACAGGCUAAUCAGGGACGACACUUUCCGCCUAAACUUGGUUUUUGGUAAGGAAACUAAUAAUACCAUGAAAGCGGAAAGUGUCGUCCCUGAUUAGCCUGUGUGGACUGCACAGGCUAAUCUGGAACAACACUUUACACCCAUGCAUUAUGCCCAGUUUUCUCAGAAAGCGACUCACAUGAUGUUUGACUCAGACUGGGUGUGAUAGUCUUGAUUUUAGAAUAACUGUUUUAGAAUAUCAGGGCCUGCAUGGUUGCUUAAAACUGAAACAACCAGUUUAGCUAGCAGCCGUUCAUUUUUGGAUCAAGUUAUUUAUGUGACUUAAUUGUUAAUAUACAUGUAUGUGUUGAUGGUAAUCAAAAUUGAAUGCUCAAAUAAUUGCCUAAGUUUGAUAAUAGUAUAUUGCUUUCCAAAUAUAUGUUAUUUGAGUCUGAAGUUAAUAGGUUGUUACCUUAGCUGGCCAUUAAAUGUUUUAAGCAACUGGGCCCAAAAGGUCAUAUAAAAUGUGUAUUUUGUAAUUGUAUUUAUCACAGAUGAUAUGAACAGUAUUUUGAAAAUGGACCGUGCUCUGUGAAAAAGGGGUUAAAUGCAUUUGCAUAAAGUGUCGUCCUAGAUUAGCCUGUGCAGUCCACACAGGCUUAUGAGGGAUGACACUUUCCGCUUUUAGGAUACUUUUCGUUUCAAGAAAGUCUCUUCUUAGCAAAAAUCAAGUUUAGGCGUAAAGUGUCGUCCCUGAUUAGCCUGUGCGGAUGUGCAGGCUAAUCUGAGACGACACUUUACACACAUUCAUUAAACCCUUUUUUCACAGAACACCACCCAUUUGUUAUUUAUUCACUGUAUACUCUUAUUAUACUGAUCAUUUCAUUUUGAUAUUCUACUACAUGUUUUGUGCUGUAUCAAUUGAAAGAAAUUCGAAUCUUGCUUUGUUAAUCAUCAGUACAUAAAGAUCUGAGCAUUUGUUUUGGAAAAAAACCUGAAACUUAGAUAAACAGAGAUUACAAGAAUGAACACCAUUUUACAAGUUUAAUUGUUUAUCAUAUUCUUGACAUUAAAAAGAAAAGCCAGUAAAAAUGAUGAAUGGACAAGGUUUUAUUAAAAAUGUUUGCGGCCCCACUUUUCAGCCCGAACUUAAUUGCUUUAUGUGUCUAGUACAAAAAUAAACCUAUGCAGUUAUGGUUAUAAAUUCAAUAGCGAUAUGUCAAAUUACUUCUUAUUUUUUUAAGUAUGUCUGUCAAAUUUUACAUUUAAUAUGCAUAUAAUCAUGUGUCAUGAUUACAUAUGCUGGUACUUUGUAUUCGUUUUGUCAUUAAAUUCAAACAGAACAUA